CUCACAUGGCGCAUGCGUAGUUGCAUCAUAACGACAUGACGAGCUGUUGUGUUUUCAGUAGCAACCGUUACUCUGGACUGAAUAAAGUCGCUAUAAAAGAUUAAAACAUGUCCACAAUGUUUGAUGAGACAGCAGCAGAUGUACCAGUCAGAGACUUCACAGUAAACCUGUCCCGACUGACAGCAGGUCCCCAAGACUCAUCGGUGUAUCAAAAUGCUCGGGCGCGACAGGACAUCUCGCGGGUGUCCAGGGAGGAGCUGGAGGACCGGUUCCUGCGCCUCCAUGAGGAGACCCUGCACCUCAAACAGCACAUUCACAAACAAGACGACAAGAUCAAGAAGCUGGGCACCAAGCUGAUGCGGCUGGUGAAGGACCGCGGUCGUAUGGAGCAGCUGGCGGUUGGCGGGGGCCAGCCGGUGUCCAGGGUGCGAGACGUGGAGAUGGAGGAGAUGAUGGAGGAGCUCCAGGAGAAGGUGCGGGGCCUGCAGACGGAGAACGAGGGACUGAAACAGCGCCUCCUUGUGGCCAAGCAGCAGCUCAUCAACUCACAGAGCAGGAGGCCGGCGGUGUACGGCCACGUGCAGUCCCGAGUCAACUCUGGGUUAAAGAAGCUGCGAGAUGACGCCCCCUCUCCUCCUCAAACGCGACCCAAAAGUACCAGGAGUUUGGAGGGAGGCGGGAGACCUCCGACCGGCCUCCUCCCUCGAUUCGGACACAACCUGCUGGAGGAGGCGAGGGCCGAGAUCCGCAACCUAGAGAACGUGAUCGAGCUCCAGAGGAACCAGAUGGAGGAGAUGGACGGAGCCGCGGAGCUGCUGCAGGACGAACUGAGGAGGAAGGAGGCCGAAUACGAGGAGAGACUCCUGCAGGCCCGACAGCAGCAGACUUCCAAACUGAGGUCACAUGUCAGCAGCAACGUGACGAUGAUCAAACUGCAGAAGCAGCUGGCCGACAGGUCCAACGCCGUGACGGAGCUGGAGGGACGGUUUCUGCAGCUGCAGGAGAGUCAGAGGACGCUGAAGGCGAGUCACGACGCAGCGAUGGCGAAGGUGGACGAGCUGUCGGCUCAGCUCAAAGACGAGAGGCUGAAGAGUUUGGACCUGGAGAAACAGCUGCAGAGCUCCAACAUUGCCAGGAUACAGAUGGAGCAGCUGCAGGAGCGGAUCAGUGAGGUGGAGCAGGAGAGAGACCUGCUGAAGGACAACAAUGACAAACUGGUCAACAGUGCGUUGGAUGUGUCGUGGCAGCAGAAAUGGCAGAUCAAGGAGCAGCAGCUGAAGUUACAGAUCGUCCAGCUGGAGACGGCGCUGAAGGCCGACCUCGUCGACAAAAAUGAAAUCCUGGAUAAAAUCAAGGCUGAGAGAGAAACAAGUGAGAAGCUCACAGAAGAAAAUAAGAAACUUCAGAUUCAGUUUCUGGAACAGAAACAGCAGCUGGACGAACUAAAGGACCGUCUGAAGUUCUACAGCAGGGAGAACGAGUACGAUGUGUCCGAGCUCACUGAGGCGCUGCUGCUCAUUAAGACACGUAAAUCCCAGAAGAAUGGGGACCUGGGCUUCCUGAAGGAGGUGGAGGAGGGAGGGAGCAGCGGCACGGAAAGUGCCGUCCGGGAGCUGCGAGCCGCUCACGCCGAAACCAUCCAGGAGCUGCAGAAGAGCAGAAACCUCCUCAGCAUGGAGAGCCAGAUCUGCAGAGACUACAAGGCGGAGCUGGAAGCUGUGUUGAGGAAGAUGGACGCUGACAGAGUCGAGCACAAGCAGAAGGUUGAACGUCAGGCUCAGCUGUUGGACGCGAGGGCGGCGAAGAUCAGGAAGCUGGAAGCUCAGCUCAGAGACAUCGCCUACGGCACCAAAACCUACGUCUUCAAACCGGACGUCACAGACGAAGAGGCCGAUGAGUUUGAUGAAACUCUUCACCUGGAGCGUGGCGAGAACCUCCUGGAGCUUCAGAUAGUCAGCACAGCGCUCUCUCCGUCCGCCCUGGAGGCGCUGGGUGACCACCAACCCUCCACCUUCUGCACCUACUCCUUCUACCUGUUCGAGAUGCACUCCACUCCGGUGGCGACGGGCCAGAAACCCACUUACGGGUUCACGUCUAAGUACGUGGUCAGCAUGGACGACCACUUCCUGGACUAUCUGCACAGGUGCUCCGUCACAGUGGAGCUGCAUCAGGCCCUGGGUCUGGACUGGAGGACUCUGGCCACCGCUCAGCUCCGGCUGCAGCAGCUGCUGGAGCAGGACGGGAAGGUUCAUGGGACCAUACCACUGGUUGGUUUGUCUGACGAGGUGUGGUCCUUCGGCUCUGUGGAUUACUGGUUGAGGCUGAGGAUCCCGAUGACAGAGACCAUCCGUCUGUAUAAAGAGAAGGUGAAGGCUGCAGGCUACGUCCACACUGCGCUGAACGAAGACGCACAGCUGCAUCCUCCCGGCAGCAGCAGCAGCGGUUGGAACGAGAUCCACAUCACAGUCCAUCGCUGCAGAGACCUGCAGUCCAGAAGCUCCCAGCAGCCGAGCCCCUACGUGGUCUACAAGUUCUCCGACUUCCCCGACUACCCGACCACCACCGCCCACGACUGCUGCGACCCCGACUUCAACGACCUCAAGUCCUACUCCGUCCAAAUGGACGCAGGUCUGGACCAGUACUUGAAGACCGAGGUCCUGCAAUUCUAUGUGUUCGACUACAAAGAGGAGCAGAUGGAUGUGUACCUGGGGAAGGCCAGGGUGCCCCUGCUGUCCCUGGCCCAGGACAAAGGGAUCACUGAUGUGUUCGAGCUGACCGAUCCCUCUGGACUCCCCGCCGGACACAUCGAAGUGACUCUGAAGUGGAAGUUCAUGUACCUCCCCCUUUCAGGCUCCAUCAUGACCGUCAAAGAGCCCAAGUUCAUCCCGAAAGAGACGGCAAGCAAGCUGAAGCAGGAACAGCAGAGCGAGGAGGAUGAGGAGAGAGACGAGGGCGUCGAAGAGGCGCUGCAGGAAGUGAAUCGUGUCUCCACCUCUCUGCCCGAGGUCUCUGCCGCCAAGGCUCCGCUGCCAAAGCUCAGACACAAGACACAAGUGAAGGAUGGACCGGCGGUCAAAAAAGUCACAUUUGUAGAUCCGACAGCUGCAGACAGAAAGGCUGAAGACAGCAGCUCAGCAGCAGUCAGCGUGUCUGCAGAAGACAGACAGACGUCAUCACCUGCUGUAAAGGCUGCGUCAGAAGCUGCGGAGGAAGAGGAGGAAGAGGAAGAGUCUCAUGUCUCUGAAGGACAGCUGGUCCCGGUCAGCUCUCAGUCUUACUCCAGCGACUCUGAGAUCUCAGAGGACAUCGUCCAAGACGGUGAGGAGGCCCUGCCGGCACCCAGAGAGGAUCAGAGCGAAUCGACUCAGUCUGACAGCGAUGACUGCAUUGUUCACAGCGGGGCCACGGGGAGGAAGUCCUCGGAGCGGGUCCGGGUGGAGAUCAUGUCUCUGAGCUUGAGGCCGGAGUCUCGGGUGUCCCGGGACGGCAGCGUGGUCCGUCUGUUUGUGGAGUACUCGCUCCUGGAUCUGCCCACAGAGGAGACCCCCCUGUCUCUACCCAAACCCCCCCAGGGCAAAAGCAUCAACUUCAACUACAGCAAAGUGGUUCCUGUGGAUGCUGAGAACAACGGGUCGAGGCGGCGGCUGCUGAGAGGAGUCCUGCAGGGACGAAACCCUCAGAUGGAGCGGAUCCGGUUCACGGUGGUCAGUGAGCCUCCAGAGGAAGAGGAGCAGGAGAGAGAGUGUGAGGAUGUGGGAGUGGCCUUCCUGAGGAUCCCUGAGAUACUGGAGAGACACCGAGACCUGAUAGAGACCAACCUGACCGUUGUGUCUGUAGAGAACAGCAGUGAGGUGGUCGGCAGUCUGACGGUGUCUGUUGAAGGACUGGAGGCUCUGCAGGACAUCCUGGAGGACCAGGACCAGGACCAGGACCAGGAGCGAACCCCCGUCUCCUCUCUGCUACCAUUAGCAUGAGGCAGAAACCGGCUCCGGUACCAGCUCCGGUACCAGCUCCGGUACCAGCUCCUACACAUGGAUGCCUUCGGGACGGACUCCGUUCUUUAAUACUUCACUUGGUGCUGUUUAGUUUUUAUAUUAAAGACUUUUAUUUUGAAAUUGUGAUUUUGCACUUUUUAUAUUUACGCUGAUAAAAUAUUUCUGAUUGUUCAGGUAACGUCACCAAAAUAAAUUCAGGUUAAAAACUGUGAA